GCCGCCGCCGCACUGACCGUGCCGGGCCUGCCGACCCUGCUAACGACAUGGAGCACUUCAUCGAGACCGUUCGCAAGUACCCCUGCCUGUGGAACACUACAGCAAUUGAAUACCGCGACCAGGAGCUGAAGGACGCGGCCUGGGCCGAGGUGAUGAAGGAGACGGACUUGGCGUCAGUGAAAGAAGUCAAGCUGAAGUGGAAAAAGCUACGGGACAGCUACCGCGACGCGCUCAAGAGACAGAGCGAGAUGCUGGCCAAGGACCCUGCUAACCCGGCCAAGAAGAACUAUCCCUGGAAGUAUAUGGGGCUGAUGCAGUUCCUGCAGCCAUACAUGAGCAACCGCAAGAAACCAGCGGGUUCACCGAGUUACCCCGCGCCCCAGCAGGCCACUGAGAACGGCCACUCGUCGUCCGAGUCCGAGUCCGAAGCGGAGUCCGCGCCCAAGCGUAAGAACUGCUCGCAGUUGACCGUCAUCGACCGCAAGCUGGACUACCUGUGCAAGGCUGCGGCCGCUAAGCGAUCCUGCCCCGAGCCGGGCGCGGGGGCGCUCGCCGCGGCCGCGCACCCCGACCCGCUCGACAUCUUCUUCAACAGCAUGUGCCAGUCCACUAAACGCUUCCCCUUCCCGACGCAGAUCAAGAUAAAGAAGAGCCUGUUCAACGCCGUGAUCGAGGCGGAGGAAGCAUUGUUGGCGGAGCAGGCGAGCUACGCCAGCUUGUGGGCGCAGGAGGCGGGCUCGUCUUCCAGCAGCGAGCCUAGCGACGACGAGCGCAAGCCUUCCUGAGCAACGCUCCGACCUUCUGUCCAGGCGGUGCUUGCGACAGGACAGAUCAAGGCCGACUAGUGAGGAACACGUCAAGUGUGCCACCUUGGCAUGGAAUGAGGAUCUGUCUAAAGAAAUCUAAUCCUGACUGUAAUCGAUAUGUGUUAAAUACGGUUUCAGAGUUUUCAGACUUCAUUGUUGGCAGAGUUGUAUUACUACUGGACCACCAUAUUUUAGCUUAUGCGAAACCUGGAUAUACUUAGUUUGUACAAAACAAAAAUUUAGUCGUUGAUACCGAACUACCCUAUACUAAUUAAUCCCAGCUGACACGAUGCGAGCGAGAGCUAGAUGCUGUUCUGGGAUAUUUUUUAGGUAAUUUUAUGUAGAAAUUUUUUGACAUACAUGAUAUCUAUGUAGCUUUAACCAUUAAGGCUGCACACGCGACGGAAGUUUAGAGUUACUUCUCCCGUUUUCCCAACAUGUCCGUUCACUGCUCUGCUCAAUCCGUCGAGUACUUUUUGUUUCUAUAAGAACCUUAAGGAGGUAAAAAAGAAACAUUUGGAGGUUUUUUUUAAGGGGGGA